AUGACAAAAAAAGUGCUGUCGAUCCAAUCGCACGUAGUGCACGGCUACGUGGGCAACAAAGCAGCCACCUUUCCUUUGCAGUAUCGUGGCUGGGACGUGGAUGCUCUCAACACGGUACAAUACUCAAAUCACCCCGGGUAUGGCCAUUUUGACGGCUUUCGAUCGCGGGCCCAGGAUCUACGGGAAAUCAUAGAAAAAGGACUCCUGGAGGGUCUGCAACAAAAAUAUGACGCAUUACUUACCGGGUAUCUGCCAGAUCCCGAAGCCCUACGCGAAAUUGGCGACGUGCUCGCAACUCUGUGCGAGUCAGACUCCGAAAUAAAGUGGAUUUUGGACCCUGUUCUUGGCGACAACGGCAGGCUUUACGUGUCGCCAGACGCUGUGCCCGCUUACAAAGAGAUCUUGCUGAGAGGUACCGUGUAUCUGGCCACACCCAACCAGUUUGAAAUGGAAACGUUGACUGGCGUUCAGAUCACAGACCUGGCCACGCUCAAGCUCUCAAUAACUCGAUUUCACGAGCUGUACCCAAAAGUACCCAAUGUGCUGGUCACAAGCGUUAUGUCCAGCACACUCGAUCAAGACACCAUGAUCUGCGCCUGCAGCGAACUCUCGAAGCCCGACUCUGCACGUUAUUUCAGUGUCCCGAAGAUCGAUGUCCAUUUCAGUGGCAGCGGAGACCUCUGCAGCGCCCUGCUGCUGGACAUCUUUCUGCGGCAACCCAGCGAAGCUCUAGACCUGGCUCGCGCCGCUAACGAGGUUUUGUCGCUAGUCGACAACAUUUUGAAGAGAACACUGCAGCUUCACCUCGACACACAACAAAAAGCAUUGGGACAGGAUCGUCCCCGUAAGAUAAACGACUUGAGACUGAUAGAAUCCCGCGAUCUUCUGGACGGUAGCGGAGAGCUCAAGUACACACCAAUGGUGUUGUAG